GCUCAAUCUUGAUGUCCUUCCAAACAAUGGAUUUAUACCAUAUGAGGCGUCUUACUGGCAAGGGUUUAACGAUAUUUUUGAGGGAGAACAACGUCUGCACUAGACGAAUUGACAUAUACGGCAAGAGUACCUAUUGAUUGUUUCCCAUUAAAGGGGUGCCAAGCUGACGAAAAGGUUGAACACGACGUGUGCUACGUAGUCUGCUUUUUCAUUCUUGGAGAAACCUAGUCUUCACUUACGGUUUCCUGCUUGGCCACCAAUGAGCUCUUCAGUAGCUGAUACACCUGUGCAUACCCGGGAAGAGCGUCUUCGGAAUUUGGAGCGUGAACGUGCAUUGUUUUCCCAGAAUCGGUUGUCGCAUCCCGUCUCCACCGCGUCGAAUCGACCAAACGGGUCGCAAGCAGCGGUUUCCUUUGCUGAUGAAGGACCGUCAGGCAGCCAUAAUGCUGCUAAUGCCACGAGCGCAUCUUCCCGACCCCGGAUGAAUGCCGCUCAAAUAAGAGCCCUUCUCGAUAUUUCUCCAAAGAAUUUUGGGCCUAGCAGUCCAACAAGGAAUCAGCGUGGUGGAUCCAAUGAGGAGGUGUGUUAUGCCACGAAUGAAGGGUUCCGGGGAAGGAUUCAUGUUGACAGGGAGGGGAAGCACUCGUUUGUUGAUGAUGUCACCUCUCCAAACCCGUAUUCUCUGUCCAAGUCUCAAUCCUCAGCCGGCGAGAGUCAGUAUACAGUUGGGACGAAUGGGAGGGAAGAGAAGCGUACUAGAGCAUCUUCCGGUGAUGCAUGGAGAGAAUUGGUGAAUAAAGAACAAAGGGCAACGGCCAAGCAUUACGGGUCGGAUAAAGCUUUAUUGGGUCUGCUAGAAGAAGAACGGUCAAGAUAUGCGCAACUGGAAGGAGAAUACCAUAAGUUGCUCAAAGAAGUGCAAGCCUUGCAUAGCAGCCAUCUCCAAGAGCUUCGCAAUACAGAGAGAAGGUAUGAAAGCAAUCAGCGAUCUCUGGAAAAGGAGCUUUCGACAAAGUCAACCGAGUGCUCUACGGUUCGUAAAGAACUGCAAAAUUGGCAAGAGAAAUAUGCACAGGAAGCAGCGAAAUGGACUGAAUCCAAUGAGCGGUUGGAAGCAAAUGUACAGAAACUGCAGAAACUCUUAGCGGAGAACCAGCAGCGAGCGGAGGAUCAGGAGAAGACGUUACAUGAAUAUACACAAGAUAGAAAAGAGCUCUCUGAUCGUUUAUCCUCGCGAACUCGGGAAGCCCGGAAAAUCAUGCAACUGUUGCGGGAGAAAGAAACAGAGUGCUUGAAGGAAAAGGAAUGCCGUGUGCAAUUAGAAGCGCAUGUCUCGCAGCUUGAUCAAGCGGUUGCCCAGCGUGAUGAAGAUAUCAAAUUGCUGAAGUCUGCGUUGCAGAAAAGAAAUAUGGAGCAUGAAGAGUCCGUGAACUUGCGACAUGCCUUUGCCGAAGCCCGGAAAGAAAUUGAUCGGCUACUUCGACGUGAGAAACAAUACUUGGACGAAGUGGAAAAAGGGGGCGCACGGGAACGUAAGCUACUGGCUGAUUUGGAGGAGCUUUCUUCGCAGCAUCGCAAAUACGUUCAUGAGGUUGAGCGCCUGACCGCACGACAGUCUGUAUAUCUUCAGGACAUUGAGCACUUGAAAGGAAUAGAAAGCAAUUUGCGGACAGAACUCCAGGCGUUUGUCGAAAAGAACGCCCAGCAGCUGGAAGAAAUCUCGCAAAUGGAUAAACAACUACGUAAACGGCAUAACGAGAACAUACGCCUGUCGCAAGAUCUGGGUGAACUGCGGACGGCAGCGGGAGAUUUGCGAACUCAAAAUGACUCGAGACUGAAAGAGAUUCAACAGUUCCGGCUGGUGGAAGAUGCGCUUCGUGCAGAAAAGGAGGAAUUGAUCUCACAGCGCGCUCUACACCUGCGCGAAAUACAAUCGAAACAGCAAGAAAAUGCGGAAUUGUCGUCGCGGUUUGCGGAGCUCACCAGACGACUUGAAACAGAAAUCUCUGAAAAGUUGGAUCUCAAGCAGCAGAAUAAAGAGCGUCUGGUAGUUGUUGCUGAUAAAAUUAGUGAUCUCCAAGCUUCCUUGACUGAGACGCAAGGACAAUUACAACAAUUCCGGGAGGCGGAAGCAAGUUUGCGGAGGGCGGUACGAGAAAGGGACGAUGUCGUUGACAGUCAGGAACGCCGUAUCGCGGAGCUUCAGGCUACCGUCACGUCGCUUCAAUCACAGCUCAACGCCGAAACAAUGAGCUUUGAGUCGCUCAAGACGAAGAAGAAGGAAGAGUUCCUUGCGGUCCAGGAAAAGUUUUCUGUUGCCAAAUCGGCGAUGGAACAGGAGGUUGGAAACCUGCGGGCAAACCUACAACAAAAGGCCUUGCAGAUCGAGAAGCUCAAUGAGGAGAUUUCCCGAUUAAGGAUUGACGGGACGGAGGCUUCCGCGGAUCGCCUAAGUUUGGAAGCCCGUAUAUCUGAACUCUCCUCAAUUGAAGCGUCAUAUCAACGACAAAUUAAACUCUUGCAAGCGACCAUCAAUCAAAAAGAGCAAGAUAACAAUGUUUUGGGGCUAAAAUAUCAGUCUGUGGGAGAACAGUUACAAAGACUUCAGGAAGAGGUCAACAUUUAUCGGAACGCAAAUAACCAGAAAGAUGACGAUUUGAAUCGGCUUCAAGGUGAUCUCUCUAGGAAAUUGCGAAACCAGGUGGAUCUACUGUUGCAGAGAGACGGGUGUCGAGUUGGGGAUGAUGUUGGCUCAAAUCGCGCGAGUCUUGCGCGGCCUUCGCCCUCUUCCCCCAAUGUUAUUACGUCGGGCAUAAAUAGCAACGGCUACCAAAGCAGGUCACGGAGUCGAGCGGGUAGCAAUCCUCCAACACUGGACAUCAAUAUCAGUACUACACCACUCAACCUCACUGCCGUAUCACCUCGCACCGCCAAUAACAUCACCGAUCCAAUAGCCAGACCCGCCAGCCCCAGUCCCAGCAGUUACGUCACAACUACAGGACGGCAGUGGAGUGGCACCCGGCCUGGAGCUCCACGGGCGACGGUACGGGAGCGACCUAUCGCUGGGAUGGAUGAGUUUGGCAUGGAUCUUUCCACCGACCAACUUGACGAUGGAAAAGACUGGGACAGGACGAGUAGGAUAUCUGGUCAAGACCAGCUCGAUGCACCUCGGAGUACCUCGCGGGCUUCCAGUUUUCUCGAUCGCAUUGGAGAGGUGGUGCAGGGAUAUUAGUUAUGAUCUGAUACAGAUUCAUUGAUGUAUUGCAAUUAAAAUUUUUGGAUAAAACUGUGGUUCGAAA